UGUCAUUAGUCGGUGUCGAUAGUUAUUGAAAAGGUCUGUUUAUACAUUAAGCAUCUUUCAUUAUACCUAUGCGCAAUAGAACUUGCAACAUGAUCGUUCAAAUAGCAAAGAGGAAUACAACAUUAGCUCAGUAUGGACUUUUGUUCAUUCGCUCUAUGUCGACAGGACAUUUCGACCUUCAUCUUGAUACUUUGGCUCCGAGAAGUAUACCGGGAUUCAAAUUAUGGUGGGCAAAAGAAGUGACACCAAAGCUGUAUGUUGCUGGAGGAUUAACAGACACGCAAAUCAAAUAUGCACAUGAUGAAGGAUUUAAUGGCGUUAUAUCUCUUUUCCAUGAAAAUGAUCCUGGUCAGUUUGGGGGUGAAAAACUAGCUUCUAUUUCAGAAGCCAAAUAUGUUGCAACGAUUGCUGGUCUUCAGUUUGAUGCUAUUCUAACAGAGAACGAAGAUUGGGCCUCUGUUAAAGCAGUGGAGAAACUAACAGACUCGAUUACUAAGAUGGAGAAACCAAUUUUGCUUUAUGCCAGCAAACCACAAGCUGUAGCUUUUACAACAUUAUUGCAUACAGUUUACAUGUCAAAACUGAACUCUAAAUACGAACCAAGAGUCAACAGUGAAAAAUUCUAUAAAAUGAGUGCUUUAAUGGGGAUGGAUUUUACAGAAGACAAAUUUAAAUCGGUUGUUGCAGAAAUAACAGGUGAACCAAUAGUUAGCAAUCCUCCAAAAUGUGAUGCAUAUCCAAAUUGGUUGGGAUAUUGGCUUGGUCAUCCUGUCUAUAAGAAUUGGUUCACUGCUGGCCAGAUAAGAAGAGGCCAUUUAAAAGAGCUUGAAGCCCAUGGCUUCAAAUCAGUUAUCAACAUGCGAGUGGGUAAAACCUUCAACAAUAAUCCCUCGCAAGAGACCGUGAAUCUGAUCAACAUACCAGACAAUGUUAAUACAUAUGACGAGAACUAUAAUCCAGUAAGACAAAAAACGUCGGAAUUAGCGAAAGUGGUAAUAGAUCCAGCUUUGGACAGAGAACAUAUAUCUCCUAGAUCAAAAGUAAAUUAUGAAACCGAGAACCCUGAGGAGUAUGGUGACGAAAUUGGUUAUAAUGAAGAAAUUGAAAGCGAGCAUUUUAAGGGAUCAUCUUUGAAAUAUUACCACUUACCUUUAGAUAUUAAUACCACCUUCAGUGCAGAUGUAUUUCAACAGUACAAGGACAAGCUGCUAAAAAUAGGAAACGACGGCCCAGUUUUGUUUCACUGCACUAUUGGGCAAAGAACUGCAUUUAUGGGUGUCCUAGCAGCGGCAGUUCAGUACAAUAAAGAUUUACAAUGGGCUUUAAAGCGCAUACGUGAGCUCGGAUUUACUGUCAACGAAACAUCUUUUAGUGACGUUAAUAAGAUGUACAAUGAUGUGCUUGGUCCGAUGCAGGCUACACAAUAAUGAACUUUUAUCCGAUAGUUUUUAAGUUGCAGUGUUGUUUUUGUUAUGGCAAGGUUUUAUUUUCAUUACAUAUAUCUGGGACUAUUAUACUAUAUUAUGUCCCAGCAUAUAUAUACAUAUAGGUCAAUCUGGUGCUGGACAUAAAUAUAUGUAUUGUUCACAAAUUAAUGCUAAUUUAUGCUUAUUAAUCUUUCAUCAGAUGUUUGUAUGUUUCUUGAUAGUCGGAAAAGUAUAAUGACCAGACAUAAACUUCAAACAUUAUAGCCUUGAAAAUGUUUGUUCUUAGUAAGGAAAAACAACUAUGACGAGCCGUUUACUGUGCGUAUUGCUAUGUGUUUCUUUAUUCUAUAUUGGCUAGAGGUAUAGGGGGAGGGUUGAGAUCUCACAAAACAUGUUUAACCCCGCCGCAUUUUUGCGCCUGUCACAAGUCAGGAGCCUCUGGCCUUUGUUAGUCUUGUAUGUUUUUUAAUUUUAGUUCAUUUAUAUGUUUUGGAGUUUAGUGUGACGUCCAUUUUCACUGAACUA